AUGGACUCGACUGAAGGCCUCACCAUCAAGGCUGCCACAUCCCGUGGGAUCUUCAAGAACCCCGGGGACAAGACUAAGGUCACCCUGGUCUUUGGCAUCGUGUCCGAGGAAGAUAUCCUUCUGAAGAAGGAGCUUCAUGAUUUGGAGAACACCUACCCCCAGCGCUUCCGUUGCUUCUACGUCCUGCACAACCCUGCCCUCCGCGUCCCAGUACAGUUCACAAGCCAGGCGGGAUACCCCGAGACUCGCCUCGUCAACGGGCCGUUUCAAUGUCGACCUCGCACCAUAACUGUCACAGGAUCUCAAGAUACCUGGUAUCUGCCGCUUUACUUUCUCGGCAAACCUUUCCAAGUGCCGUAG